AUUUUUAUUCUGCUGCUAUCCACCCUACCUAGAAAUAGGUUUAAAUCCAGAAUUUCCUCAAUUUGGGCCUGAUUCUGAGCAGCAUGAAAUGUUGCAUUCAGAAGUGGCUUGAACCAGCAGACUUGAUGCUUGGUUCAGCUGUUUACGCUUCCCAGCCUCGGUGCCCCUUCAUCUGGUGCCUGUAAAGACUGCAGUAAGCUUUUGCUAUCAGGCCUCCACAAACAUAGAAAAGAUGCACUGCAAAAGAUGACCUAGAUAGGGUGUAUCCUGCUUGUGGCUCAGCACAGUUGAUGUUAUGCCAGGCAUAUUUUAAAGGGCUUUGGCCCCAACCUCAGACCAUGAUUUCAACUAUCUUUUCUUCUUUCUUCAGCUCGCAUGGAGACUUUUCUCCCAUUUCCUCAUCCCUCAGCAAGGAAAGUGCAAUGGAAUGAGCUAUUUUUGGAAGUCUUGGGACCCCUUUUCACAUUUCUUUGGGACCAGGUUCCCAUGUAGACAGAGAUAAUUCUGAUUUUCUCCUUUUAGGGUUACUAUGUUGCAAGUCCUCACAAGAAAACCAGAAGCAGUGGAAGAACAAAUUUUGACCCAUCUGCCAGGAAAAAUAGGGUUAUUGCACCUAAGCAUGAACAUUGAAGACAAACUGGGAGGAUUAUUUCUUAAAUGUGGUGGCAUAGACCAAAUGCAGUCAUCCAGGGCUAUGGUAGGGAUGGGUGCAGUAUCUGACCAGUCUGCAGUGUCUGGGGAACGGCAAGAGACAGUGCUUCAAGAUCGGACUAUAGCACACCAAGAAAUUCUUGCAACAGAUGAAGUGUUACAAGAAAGUGAACUUCGACAGCAGGAGAUGAUUUCACAUGAUGAACUUAUGGUCCAUGAAGAGACGGUUAAAAAUGAUGACGAGAUGGAGGCCCAAGACAGACUUCCUCAAGGGCUGCAGUAUGCAGUGAAUGUUCCUAUCAGUGUAAAGCAAGAAAUUACCUUUACUGAUGCAUCUGAACAACAGAAGCGAGACAAAAAACAAAUAAGAGAGCCAGUAGAUUUGCAGAAAAAGAAGAAAAGAAAACAGCGUUCACCAGCAAAAAUCCUUACAAUAAAUGAGGAUGGAUCACUUGGUCUGAAAACCCCCAAAUCUCAUGUUUGUGAGCAUUGCAAUGCUGCCUUUAGAACCAACUACCAUUUACAGAGACAUGUCUUCAUUCAUACAGGUGAAAAACCAUUUCAGUGCAGUCAAUGCGACAUGCGUUUCAUACAGAAGUACCUGCUACAGAGACAUGAGAAGAUUCAUACUGGUGAAAAGCCAUUUCACUGUGAUGAAUGUGGUAUGAGGUUCAUUCAGAAAUAUCACAUGGAAAGACACAAGAGAACUCACAGUGGGGAGAAGCCUUAUCAGUGUGAAUAUUGUUUGCAGUACUUCUCCAGGACUGAUCGUGUGCUAAAACAUAAACGCAUGUGCCAUGAGAAUCGUGACAAGAAGCCUAAUAGAAGUACUACCAAAGUUGGGUUUUUGACAUCUGAGGAUGAUUCUGGCUUCUCUACGCCUAUGAAAGAUAGCUCCUUGCCAAAAAAGAAAAGACAGAAAACAGAGAAGGCAAAGUCUAUGGACAAGGAAGGUGCAGAUAAGUCAGAACAGAAGAAGGACAAAAAUGACUAUUUGCCUUUGUAUUCUUCCAGUACAAAAGUAAAAGAUGAAUAUAUGGUGGCAGAAUACGCUGUGGAGAUGCCACAUUCUUCUGUCAGUGGAUCACACUUGGAAGAAGCAAAUUCUGGAGAAAUACACCCGCCUAAGCUGGUUCUCAAAAAAGUUAAUAGCAAGAGAAGUCUAAAACAGCCACUUGAGCAAAGUCAAACCAUUUCACCUUUAGCCACAUAUGAAGAGAACAAGGUUUCAAAGUAUGCCUUUGAUCUUGUGGAUAAACAAGGUUUACUGGACUCUGAAGGUAAUGCUGACAUUGACCAAGUUGAUACUUUACAGGAAGGGCCCAGUAAGCCAGUACACAGUAGCACUAAUUACGAUGAUGCAAUGCAGUUUUUAAAGAAAAAGAGGUAUCUGCAAGCAGCUAGUAAUAACAGCAGAGAGUAUGCUCUAAAUGUGGGUACCAUAGCAUCUCAACCUUCAGUAACACAGGCAGCUGUAGCAAGUGUCAUUGAUGAAAGUACCACAGCAUCCAUAUUAGAUUCACAGGCACUGAAUGUGGAAAUUAAAAGCAACCAUGAUAAAAAUGUCAUUCCAGAUGAGGUACUGCAAACUCUCUUAGAUCAUUAUUCCCACAAAGCUAAUGGACAACACGAAAUAUCUUUCAGUGUGGCUGACACUGAGGUGACCUCUAGCAUAUCAAUCAAUUCUUCUGAAGUAUCUGAGGUCAGCCAAUCUGAGACUGUUGGAACAAGUUCCCAAGCCUCCUCAGCCGAUAAAGCCAGUAUGUUACAAGAAUAUUCAAAGUUUUUACAACAAGCUUUGGACAGAACAAGCCAAAAUGAUGCCUAUUUAAACAACACAGGCCUUAAUUUUGUGACUGACAGCCAGACUCUUGCAACCCAGCCAGCAUUCUCUUCCAUAGACAAACAGGUCUACGCAUCCAUACCUGUCAAUAGUUUUCGAACGGGAAUAAACUCUCCAUUAAGAACAACUCCAGACAAGUCUCAUUUUGGACUAAUUGUUGGUGAUUCCCAACACACGUUUCCCUUUUCAGGAGAUGAUGCAAAUCAUUCUUCCUCCUCCUCAACACAGGACUUCUUGGAUCAAGUGACUUCUCAGAAGAAAGCAGAGGCACAGCCUGUCCACCAGGCUUAUCAAAUUAGCUCCUUUGAGCAGCCUUUCAGAGCUCAGUACCAUGGAGCAAGGGCUGGGAUAUCAUCUCAGUUUAGCACUGCCAAUGGACAGGUGAACCUGCGGGGACCGGGGACAAGUGCCGAAUUCCCUGAAUUUCCCUUGGUGAAUGUAAAUGAUAAUAGAGCUGGGAUGACCUCUUCACCUGAUGCCACAACAGGCCAGACUUUUGGCUAAGAAAACCUUUGUAAAUAAAAUUGGCACUUUAGAACACAACUGUCAAGAGUGGGAUUGCUCUAUAAAGCUUUUAAGAGCAUUGUGUUAUAACAAAAGUAAGUUGAUAUUGCAAGAUCAGUAACUGCAUUUUUUGGUUAGUCACCAGUCAUUGAACUGCCUUACAUGUUGUUACCCCUAUAAAAGGUGGUUUAUCGCUUGCUUGUUUGAGACCAGAAACUUGCUCUUUUACCUACAUUGAGAUUUCAAAUAGUACAAAAACCCCGAGAUAAGACUUUGUUCUGUAAUUGUUUCCUAACUGGUAUCACUGUAUGUUCUUGGGAGAACAGUAAUUGUCUGAGAUUAUUCAUACUGUCAUUUCUAGGCUUGCCAGCAUAGUCUUACUCUUCAGCAGGGAAUCUAAACACAAGAAACAGACAGAAUAAACUAAAAGUUUGAAUGUCAAGACAUUACAGCUAAACGACCUUGGCAUAUUCUACAGAAAUACCCUUUCUUCUGUCUCUCUUACAAAGAAGUAUAUGCCAUAUGUCCUUUAUUUUUGCUUUGAGUUACAUUGAGUCAUGUUUUGGAGGAAAAAAGUAGUAAUAAAAUCUGAUGGACUAACUCCACUAUUUAAAAGUUUAAUUAAUUUAAAUACUUUAAAUACUUUUUAGCAAAAUGCAUAAUUGCUAAUGCCGUUACUUCAUUCCUGAAGUAUUGCAUAUUUCUUUGUACAGCUGAACCUAGACAACUUUUUAUGAUUUUUCAUAUGCAGAUUUCAAGAUUCUGAAGUUUUAGUUGAAAUACUCUUGUAGAUUACAUUCCCAACUAUAUAAUCUUUACACAAACUGUGUAUUCCAAGAUUUUAAAGCUUAAUUGUACUUUACCCUACAUAUUCACAGAGAUUAACAUAGAGCACUUAGAGUCUAUUUGAUAUAUUUUGAUUUCUCAAAGAAGAAUUUUUUUUUAGAAUUUUAGGUUUGAUAUGGUUACAUCAUUAUCAUCUCAUUCAACACUGCUUAUUUUUAAUAUACAUUGAUUUUGGAAUUUCUUAGCUUCUGUAAAAACUGAUUUAAUUCUUUCUGUCUGGAAUUUUGACAGUUCAGAUAAUUAAACAUACUUUAGUGUCCCAGCAAGCUGAAGAAGUUGGCAUUCUAAUUGCAUAUCUUUUUAGUGAUUUCUUAAUGAACUACAUUCAUUACAAUUUUACCAACCAAAACGGUUGACUAAUGCUAGUGAACAGAAUUUCUUUUUCAGCAUAGAUGAGUGAUCAGAAGCUUUUGUUGCAUUUCACAAUAUAAAUAAAUGACAAACUUUAUUCCUGUACCAUGAAUAUGUUUCUUUGGAUAGUACUUUGCUUUGAAUUAUACAAUAUGGUACGAAAGAUAGUUCUGUAUGCAAUUUUAAGGUGAUGAGGGUUGAAUAACAGAAAUGUUGUGUCACUUCUGUUGCACCUUCCCUAAAGGGACACUGUCUGGUAGUUUACAGCAGUAUAAGCCUACAGGCUGAUUAUAACUAGCAAGUAGGAAAAAUCUUGGAGAUGCACAAAUACUUUUACCGCACUACCCCAUGGCAGGCAUCUCUCAAAUGAAGUCAUCAGCCAAGAGAGAAGACUGAGCCACGUUAGGCUGAAGAAUACCCUCUCCUGCAAAGGGACUGAUGGGGUAGAAAACACAACCCUCCCAUUCCCAAAGUAGUAAUGUUAUUUUUUUACUGUUUUAAUUAACAGGACCCUGAGCCCAGUCUCUGUCUUUUCUUAUGUGGCAGCACUGUAGCUGUAGUAACUUCCCUGAACCAGGUUUAGGAAGAAAAAAUGCACCUGGAAUCCAGAUCCUGUUUGGCAAAUGGCCAGGGACAUUAUUUACAUGAACUUCCUGCAUAAUUUGUUCCUACAGAGUGAACCAGACUCUCAUUGCCCUAGCCUAGGAUGUCCUUGACUGUCCUUAGUAUUCAUUGACCUGCUGUGCAGCUGAGUUCUGAAGAUUUAACCCCAAGUUAAGCAGAAAAAUAAACACGAGAAAAAAAUGAAUUUGUUAUAGAAAAUUAGGGACACGUGUAUAUUUUCAGUCUGACAGUGUCCUUUUAAAUUUUUUCUUAUAUUAUUGGGUUUUUUGUUUCUUUUAAGUCUCUCAUCCAAUAUGGAUCCACACAGGCACAUAACUCACAAUGGGAAACAACUUACCAUGAAGCAGAUUGCUCAUUUCCACCAAGUAUCACUUCCAUCAUGUCAUAGUUUUCAGUGUCCCAUGCUACUUCUUCGCCACCUUUUUCCUUGAUGGCCUGUCAUUGUGAGUCAUUGCAAAGAUAUGUGUAUCCAUUUAACGUUAUUCCUUGUUUAAAACUUAAUCUGUGGAGACAUAUUGCUGCAUGGGAAAUCAGAGGAAGGCCUGCUCAGCCCUAAGCAAAUUGUGACUUCAGCUGUGUUGGAGUGAGCAGGGGCUACUGCCCUGGUACCCUUCUGUGAGAAAGUGGGCAUGUAAUAGGGAGAGCUCUCACCCCGCUUCCUUUGCUCACCAAGCAGAAUAGCUAGAUGGGUGCCUAGGCAUGAAUAAACUGUUCCACAUAAAGGGUGAAAUAAUCUACCCUGUCUCAGAACAAGGUGGAGUGGAUGAGAAGAACUGUGAUUCUUUGUAUCAGUUAAUUCUUCAGUCUGCUCCAUAGGGAAUUAAAGCUGUACCCUGGGCCAUAGCACAGAUUAUGAAGGCCUAGUCUAGCCCUUCAGUUUGUAGAUCCACUUUAUGCAGGUAGUUAGAGAGGUGGCACUAAUAGUUUAAUCCAUUAACAUUUAGGACUUCCAGUACAGAGGAAUUUACCAGCCUGAUUAUGCUCCUCUAUGCUAGUAUAAUGCCCUACGUAGACAAUGCUGUCAUUCUGGAAUCCGUGUGUUCAUCUCAUCAUAGUUUUAUUGAUAAAUGUCUUUGUCUAGAAAAUCUCUCUCUCUUUUUUUUAAAAAGGUCAUCAUUUAAAACACAUUUCCUCUGCCUACAUGCUUUAUGAUUUGUGCCCUAAAAUAAAUAUGCUUUCCCUUUUACUGGUAAUGGAGAAUGCUCAUUCUCUUUUUCCUCUGUACCACUUCUGUUUUUUACAUUGUUCAUCUACUGACAUUAUUAAAUAAGCACAAUAUGAGGAGUAGCAUUUCACAGCCUACAGAACCAACAAUAGAAACUCCUAUAUUAUUGAAUGUUUUUUGCAAGCAUUGUGUGCAUGUGUGUGAGAGAAGUGGAUGACUUUUUUUCUUGACAGAGUAAUGAUGAAUAAAAAAAAAAAGAAUAAAGAAAACUGAGGAUGAUUGUUACCAGGCAAUAAUGAUUUUUAGAUCAUUCGUAUUUUGGGCCUAAAUUACUUGACAGUGUCCCUUGUAGCAUUAGAUCUUUGCUCUACUUUUACCUUGAAUAUUACUGGCAAUGAAGGAAUUGGCUGGCAAUUGGAUAUGAAUCAGCAUCUACACUUUCUUCAGCUGAUUUGAGGGUGAAUUAAUCAUAAAUGACAAGGUUUGGCGAAAACUGCUGUACACUGGGUUCAUGAACAGAAAUACGCAAAAUUCAGUUUAAGUUUUUAAAAAGGAGUUGUUUUCAUGGUCUUACCUUUAGGAAAAUUAUGGUUCAAGGGGGAAAUACAACAACUCCUAAAGUACUAAUGGUUAUUUAAUGCGUUUAUUAUUUUUUAUAUAUUGUAGAUUGUCAAUGAUUUUGAGAGCGAUAAUAGUUCAUUAUAUUAGGGAAGGUACAGUAAAAUCUUGCUGAUUUGCUGUUGCUAAUCAAAGCAGUCCCUAAUUCUCAUAUAUACAAGAUUUUGUUCCUCUCCACCUCUGCAAAAAUUUGAAAAGUAUGAAAAAGUAAUUAAAAAGACCUCAAUCGUGAGCUCUCACAUUGAUACAUCUGUGCUACUUCAUCUUAGUAUAUUAUGGCACAUUUCUUAGUAUACUAAAAAGUAGCACAAUAAAUGCUGAAAACUAAAUUACAGUAACCUAAAUAAGUGAACAAUACUUUUUAUGUGACAUUCUUGUUUUUGUUUCCUUGUUUACUCGCUACUUGUCAAAAAUCAGUUGUUUGGAAUUGGUUUCCAAGUCAUUACUGCAAAUUAAUGGAGUUCUACUGUAACCUUUUCAGAGUUGGUUUUUCAAGUGUUAAAGUGUUCAAUUUUUUAUUCUCUGAAAGGUCUCCACCUGGAUAUAUACAGUGCAUUUUGUGUUUGGUCAGAAUAUUUUUGUUUGUAUUCUGUGUAGUACUUGAAAAUGAACCAGAAUAUUUUGAUUAAUCUACUCUAAAUUUUGCAGUAUUGGCUUACUCUGUGUAUGUAUGUACAUUUCCAAAUUAAAUUUUCUUGUGCUUAAUUCUUUCAAUUAACUUCAUUACAAAUUAGGGAAAAUGCUGAUGUUUCUGAGAAUACAUUUGGAAAUUUUAGCAGGCAGAAAUAUGCUUGUGCUAUCAAUACUGUAGUUGGUACCAAUACCCAGUUGGACUUUCAAUAUGUGAUUGGUACUCAGGCAGAUAAAUAAUUUCAUGUUUUGUUAUUUUAAAAAAUCUGCUAAAUGGAAGUCUUGUAACUUUGAAAGUUCGUUCAUUUUAUGGUAGCGCAUGUUUAUGUUAGGCAUGGAACUCAUUUAACAAAAACUCACUUUGCAAAGAACAUGUACUACGGAAGUAUUACUGCUAAUGAGAAAACAUGUUUAAGUUUAAAUUUAAACUUUUUUGUUCAAUUUACAAUUGCUUUGUGUCAGGGAAAUAAAUUUUAUAGUUGCUUUUACUAUACAUACAAAUACCUUUAUGUUUCCUUUUUAAAAUUGUAUCUUUUGGUAGGAAACACAAAUGGAUGCAGCAAGCAAACAUUUCUAAGAAUUGUUUCUUGCUUUCCUUAAUCCAAUGGAUGGAAAGGUAAAAUUGUGUAAACAACAUUAUUUUAUUUUUUUAUGCAAUAUCAUGCUGUAAAUAUGAUUUAUCAAAUAAGGAUGUACUUAUGAUUGAAUCUUUGAUUCUGCACAGUUAAAGUUUAUAUAUAAAUAUAAAUGUGUCUCGACAAUCAAGGACUUAUGUCAGUCUUCCUUUAUGAUGUUUAUUAUUGUUAUGCAUUCCAUUUGUUUGAAUUGCGUACCAAUGUGGAAAUUUGUAAUGUCUGUAAAGUACGUAAUGUUUUUAUAGCUUGUUUAAAAAACACGCAAAAAUGCUGUAAAUAUAUAAAAAAAAAAACAACUGAUUGCAGUUCUGCUUUGUUAGAGGCAAAUGAUGAUGUACUGUAUGUAAGCAAUAAUACAUGACAGUGCUAACUUUACAAAGUAGCAUAAGGAUAGGUCCAAAAAUAGUUUUGGAGUUAAUAGCUUUGUUUGAGUUAAUGAAUAUUCAUUAAUUGUUUUAUAAAUAAAUUCAACUGUCCUCCUGGUGGAGUAUAUAAUAUUGUUUACGCAGCACAAUUUCAGUCGCAGAGGAGACAGUCUUUAGAUCUGUGACUCCAUCUGUACACACUUAGGUAAGAAAUGAAUGGUUUUACUGCACUUCUGCGAGAUGAGGAAGACUGCAAAAGCUUAGUAGCUCUGUCUCUAAAGGAAGAGAGAUACUUUGUCGCUACUGUGCUGAUUCCUGACUAUUCCUUCCCUUAAAUUUGGAGUCCUUAGGUCCUGGUACUGACCUGAUGUGACUUGGGGCUCCAGUAUAAAAGGAGUGGUUCUCUUCAUAAUCCAUAUGCAGUUAAACAAUGAAUCUAGAAGUCACAUGUUCAUUUUGGAUGCUUAUUUUUCAAGUGCGAGUUAUCAGCUGAUGGAUGGGUUUAUUCAGUUAUUAAAACAUCAAACAAGUAGUUGAAAUCGAGUAGGUAUUAGUCUGUACAGAGCAAAAUAACUAUUUGAACACAGUUAUCACUGCUUUAGGGGGGAAAAAACACCAAUUUAUAAAUGUAUAUGGACCUACAUUUUAUAGGACAAAUGUUUUUAAAUGCUAGUCAUUUAUAUAAUAUGUGCUUUGAAGGAUUUGCUAGUCCACUUCUGUCACUUUUAGUACACUGGUAUCUUUUUAUAUGUAAUGUAUGCUUUUUAUUAUUGUAGCAAAGCAUUUCAGUAGAAGGAAUUUUGCAACAGUUUGGGGGUAUUUUCAUUGUCAGCAAUGAAUGAUACUAGAUUUUGUCUGUGUGGUCUUGUCUUUAUUUUAAUGCUGUCUGGAAGGGAACUUGGUAUCCAAAUAAAGCAGGUGACCUCCUUUUAUUUCAAGGGCAUACUAUGUAGUGCUGAAUUGAGUCUGGAAAUAUGAUUUUGAAAAGAGAAAUUAGUAGAGAAUUUAAUGUACAGGAGAAAAUAAAUGUGUGAUGAAAAACCUGAUGAUAUAUAUAGUGGAACACUGUUACAGUGCAUUUUCUGAUAUAGUGUUAUUUUCCUGAAGUCCAUAUGCUUCUUUGUAUUUCAACUAAUAAAAAAAUCCUAUAGUUAAGUUUCUGGCAGGAUAAUAGGUUUAUUUCAAUUGUUAAAGAGUGUUCUUUUAAACUACACCAUCCAUGUUGUCCUUUCUACAGUCAGCGUAAGAAUAAAAUAAAAAUCCAAACCAGAUUUCAACCAGUAAGAAAGUGUAUAUAAGCAACAGAGAUGCUUUUGUAUACAUGAGGCAUGCAUUUAUGUAUUUAUUAUGUCUCUGAUAUAAAUUAGGAGGCGAGUCUUAAUUCCUGUGAGAUCAAUGUGUUUGUUCAAGUAUGGGUAAAUGUAUGUGCGUUUGAGAGAAGUUUGGGUCUCAUGGCAAACAGGACUUAAGCAUGAGAUGGUUUAUUGUUACUAAAUACACAAUUUAAGAUUUAAAAGAAACAUUUACAUCUCUCAGUCUGUUCAGAUAGCUGAAAAUUAUUUUGCAGGAGAGCAGUUUGAUCCAAAUUGUUAGGUUCUUACAGUUGGAUGCUUCUCCCAUUAAAGUUAGUGGGAAUUUUAUUGUUUACUCAAAAUAACAUUGUUACCCCAAAAUCAUCAGACCUUCUACAGAUAUUCCUCCAGCAGGCUUGAUUUGGGUAAAAUUGAUGCAUUUUAAAAGUUUCUAUUUCUGUCUUUACUUGUCUAAAAACGUUUAAGCAAAAUAAUUUUAGGUAAAGGAUACUUACUUUUAAGUCAAAGAUAUUUUGAGAGUUACUAUUCCUGUUCAUUUGAUUGCUACUGUAAUUUAAAUCCUGCUUGACAAAACAUGGAUGAAGAAAUGGAUUGUUGUUCCUGUAUGCUACAGCAAAAGAUGAUAUUUAUAUACAUAGGCAGGGUGAAUGAUAUUGUGUUCUUAGAACUGAUUUAUUCUUUCACUGCUUGUGACAUUACUAUUUUCUUAACCUAGCCCUUUUGGGUUUAUAGUACCCUUUUAUGUGUUUUGAUACCAAGGAAAACUGGGUCUUUUUGCUUUAUUUUUAAUUAAACUAAUAAGUCUGAUGAUUCAUAUUUGCAAAUGGUGCAUUUUACAAUGUGGUCACUGACUAUCUUAAAUAAAAAUAUAGAGAACUGUUUUA